AUGCCAAAUAUCGAAAAUUAAUCAAAUAUAAAAAAAGGUUAUCCAAAAUUAAAUUUAUAUAUAAUUUUUUUAACUAAAAAAUAAUAAAGGUCCAUGGAAUCUUUAAGAAGAUAAAGAACUCUUAAAUUGGGUAUAAAAUAAUGGUCCUUAAAAAUGGUAAUAAUGUUCCGAAACAAUAAAAGGACGUAAUAGUAAAUAAUGUAGAGAAAGAUGGUUUAAUAGUCUAAAUCCAGAUUUAAAGAAAGGAAAUUGGACAAUCGAAGAAGAUUAAAUUAUAUUUUAAGGUUAUUUAUAAAAUGGAUCAUCUUGGAGUAGCAUUUCUAAAUAAUUAAAAGGCAGAACCGAAAACUCUGUAAAAAAUAGAUUCUAUAGUUCUUUGAGAAAGCUUAUGAAUGA